AUGUUAUUCUAUAUCCUUCGUCGUGUAGUGCUCGUUGUGCUGCUAUCGGUAGCUACUGUUCAUGGCGAAGUGAGUUUUCCGGGCGUGGAAUUCAACGCCGCGAUCGGAGAACCGGCACAUGCCAGUAGCUACUACAACUACGCGCCUAACGCUCUCCACGACACGGAGUUCGUGCCGGGCAAUGCAAACGACGGCUUCGCCGACGAAACGAGCUGGUGGUCGGCCGGUGACAACGCAACGGAGCAGGUUUUCUGGCAGGUGAAUAUGAGUGCACUGGCUCCGACCCUCUCACGGAUCGUGGUGCGUUGGCACGGCUACCUGUCGCCUAGGAGCUACCGCAUCCGCGUAUCUUACGACGGCAUCGAGUUCACGAGUAUCAUCGCCGUGUUUAACCUCAGCAACGCCUACGACCGCGUGGAUAACCACACGGAAGGCCUCAAAACACUCGCGGCCAAGUUCAAAUACGUCCGACUCGUCAUGGGCGAUCCAAACGUCUGCAGCGACCAAUUCUCAUGCGUGGAUGACGGCGUGAGCGACACGACGAGCAACACGAACGAACGCGUGCUCUACGGUAUCCGGGAGGUCGAAGUCUGGGCCAAAGGCACCAGGAACGAGGCGUCCCGAGUGUCAGGAGUCGACAGCUCAGCGAUGAUUCUCGGCCUUGUCAUGUCGAUUUUAGUCACAACAUGA